UCUUAAACGUCAUCACUGUUUUGUUGACCGUUGUGAAGAUUAGCGAUUGAUGAAUAGAUUUUGAUAUAAUUGUAUUCUACUGACUGAUUAAUUAUCUUUUGUUUGUUAUGUACUAACUGAACGAAUAGACAGCUAUUUUGGUUGCUUUGCUCGGAACUUUGUUCAGAUUACAUAACUUACACAAUUAUUAUAUUUAAUAUUUACCAGUCGCCGGUCUAAUUUUUACGGCACAGACUAGUGGAAAGACGAUCUAUUUUUGAUAAGCGGAAGACUAAUAAUUAAUCAGUACUUAUCUUUUAUUAAAACGAGUGCAUUAUUUUAAUAGAAUAUGGCUGCACCAAUCAAAGUUGCGGUGACCGGAGCAGCAGGUCAAAUAGCAUAUUCUCUGCUGUAUCAGAUUGCAUCUGGUGCAGUGUUUGGACCCAACCAGCCUGUCUACCUACACCUUUUAGAUAUAGCUCCUAUGAUGGGAGUCCUCAAUGGUGUUGUUAUGGAACUAGCAGAUUGCGCAUUACCACUUCUUGCUGGUGUCUUACCAACAGCAAACCCAGAAGAAGCAUUUAAAGAUGUUGCCGCAGCAUUCCUAGUUGGAUCCAUGCCCAGGAAAGAGGGAAUGGAGAGGAAGGAUCUUCUAUCAGCAAAUGUUCGUAUUUUCAAAGAGCAGGGGCAGGCCCUCGACAAAGUAGCCAGAAAGGAUGUUAAAAUACUUGUUGUAGGUAACCCUGCAAACACAAAUGCACUAAUUUGCUCAAAAUAUGCACCGUCCAUCCCCAGAGAAAACUUCACAGCUAUGACACGUUUGGAUCAUAAUAGAGCACAAGCACAACUGGCAGACAAGUUAGGAGUCCCAGUUCGUGAUGUUAAGAAUGUUAUUAUUUGGGGUAACCAUUCCUCCACACAAUUCCCUGAUGCCUCAAAUGCUCUUGUCAAUGUUGGCGGUAUCAACAAGCCUGUACCAGCAGCUGUUAAUGAUGAUGAAUAUUUAAAGACCACUUUUGUGACCACUGUACAGAAGCGUGGUGCAGCUGUUAUUGCUGCUAGGAAAAUGUCAUCUGCUCUUUCAGCAGCUAAAGCUGCAUCAGACCAUAUGAGGGAUUGGUUUUUGGGCACUGGGGACCGUUGGGUGAGCAUGGGUGUAAUCUCAGAUGGGUCCUAUGGCACUCCUCGUGAUGUGGUCUUCUCAUUCCCUGUGACAGUUACUAAUGGGAAAUGGAAGAUUGUAGAGGGACUGACUAUCUCUGAUUUUGCUCGUGAAAUGUUAGAUAUAACUGGUAAAGAGCUUGCCGAAGAGAAGAGAGAUGCUCUGGAAGUCUGCAAGGAUUGACCGAGUAAUCUUUAAGUUCCUGUUUAAUAAUAAUAACUACAACAUAGGUAUAUGAUUGUUUUCUAUCUGCUGGGUUAUUGUUUACAAAAAUGUUAAUUAUUGCUAUGUUUGUUAAACGUAUUGCUGUAGGUUAAGGGUCAUAAUUAUCUCAUACAGUGAUGCUUUUGUUUUUAUCUAUGUAACAUGACUUCUGUUAUGUAGGUAUACAAUAUUCUUUGAUAUAAUUAUUAUUUUGCACAUUUCCAUGUAUGUCAUAAUUUAUUAUGCAUUUAUAGUUUAAGAUAUACAUUGAUCAUUUGGUAAUAGAAUUGUACUUUCCAGUUUUAUCAUUAUAAACCUAUCCUAGAUUUGUUAUUAUUAUCUACAAAUAUUUUGCCUAUCAAUAAAGUAAGUGAUUAUCAUAAUUA